AUGCAACAACAAACAUACAACGGACUACCACCAGAAUAUAUCGAGAAUCGCGCAGAGCGCAAAAUUGGUGGUUGGCAUAUAUAUAAUGGAUAUAAUUUUGCUAAUUUGAAGGUUAACGAAUUGAGUCUCAAGAUUCGAAUGGCAAAUCACCGUUCUUAUCCUACAAAUUUUGCUCUGCUCGCUGCUUUUACGCUUGCAGAAAGUUACACAGUUGGUACUGUUGGUUAG